UCCUGACGUAUUCGACAGAUCCGAGUUGUUGGGAAACCAUCUACUUAUGGAUGUAAAAUUAGAUGAAUGCAGGUUGGUUUCACCAAAAUUAGAUGAAUGCAGGGUGGUUUCACCUUUGUCUUUACAAGUGGUGCUCAGCCUCCUUGCCGCCGGCUCCCGCGGUUGGACCCGCCGUCAGCUUGUCAACUUCUUCAACGCCGAUUCCGUCGAUCAUCUCAAUUCCUUGGCCUCUCAACUCUCCGACGUCAUCUUGGCUGAUGGUGAUCCCGUCGUUGGCCCUUGUGUGCGUUGCUCCAAUGCCUUAUGGCUUGAUCAGUCCCUUACUCUCAAGCCCUAUUUUAAACACAUUCUGGACUCUGAUUACAGAGCCGCUGUGAACCCAGUGAACUUUCAGACCGACCUGUGUGCCAUACCCUCUUUCUCUCUUAUAAUGAUGUUUUAAAGAUGAAGACUCCAGAAGGCAUGCCGGAACUUCAAAAAUGAAAGCAUAUUGCUUUUCGUGAUGUCUUUCUAUGGAAUCGUUGGUCUCUUUAUUAGCUCUUAUUUGUGGUGUACAAUUUUGGUGGAAUGUAGGUAGUGGAAGUUUGAAUUUAUCCCCUCUUUUUUUUGGUCUCCUAAAAAUCAUCUCAUUAAUUGUUAUAUUAAUUGAUGCAUGAUAUGUAUAUACACACACAACCCGAUUAUUUUCUUCUUCGCCUUUGUAAAUUUUAAAUGCAAAGUCGUUGAGUUUGAGAGAAUACAACGAUUUCAAUUUUGUGUGAGGAAAUUAAUUAAGGGAAUCAAGAACAACAAUUUGUUGUCUUGAUGAGAGGCUUUAUGAAAUGGCUAUAUAUAAUUUGUGCAGGCUGCUCAUGUGGGGCAACAAAUUAAUUCGUGGGUGGAAAAUGAGGCAAGUGUCC